AUGUUUUGGUUUAUUUUAUUAUAUUUCGCAGUAGCAAUAAAUGCACAGCAAGGAAUGUUGAUGGAUUUGCAUCCUGCUGCUGGCCCACAAUUUUUUGCCGAUUCAAUUUUAGGAGCUGAAAAUGUUGAUAGCUUAGAUGAUCAUGAGUUCGGAAGCGCACUUUAUGAUCCAGAAGGAAAAGCUAUCAGAGAACCUUUAAAACUUCAAGAAAUGAUGUAAGUAAUUAUAUGUUUAGAUGCUAUAGCUAUUCACAAACUUGUCAAUUUCAGGAUUGAUGAAGAUUUACGAAAAGAAGCUGCAGAAAUUCAAAAAAUUAUGGAUGCUUCAUCAGAAACUGAAUCAGAAAGCACUUCGGUCACACUUCAAACAUGGCUCUGGACAUUUGUUGGAUGUUCAUUGGUUGUCAGCAGCGGAAUUGUUCCAGCUUUUAUGCUUCCAGCAAAUAUGCAUGAAUUUUUAGCGUCUGAAGGUAAGCUGUUGAAAAUAUAAUAAGAAAUCUAAAACAAAUUUAGAAAGAGAAUUACUUUUGAUCUACUCUGAUGAUUCUCCAAAAAUUUUUAGAUCACACACUGUUAAUAUCGCCUCUUCAGUCAUGUUGUUUUUCAGAAGGACAACGUAAGCUCAACCUUCUUCUCAGUUUUGCUGUUGGUUCACUUCUCGCUGAUGUUUUCCUUCAUCUUCUCCCAGAAUCUUUCGAAUCGAAUCAAGAUCAUACAGCAAUUGGAGCUUGGGUUCUAGCUGGAUAUUUAUGUUUUUCUCUCAUCGAAAAAAUUGGAGCAUCUUCUGAAGAAGGACAACAUCAGCUCUGUGCAUAUAUGAAUCUUGCUGCAAAUAUUGUUGAUAAUUUUGCUCAUGGUUUAGCUGUUGGUAGCAGUUUUUUGGUGUCAACCAAAUUUGGAAUUAUGACAACUAUCACUAUUUUGUUGCAUGAAAUUCCACAUGAAAUUAGUGAUUUCGCAAUUUUGUUGAGAGCGGACUUCGAUAGAAUUUCAGCUAUGAAAGUUCAGGUAAGAAAUUUGUUGUGUUUUUCUGAAAAUGAAAGAAUUGUUCUUCAGUUCAUCACUGCUUCUGCCGGAGUUAUUGGAUCGUGUGUUGCAUUAUCUCUUCACACUUCAAAUGUUCCAGUUAUUGAAACACUUUUACCUUUCACUGCUGGAGGAUUUUUGAAUAUUGCUUUGACACAAUUGCUACCAGAAUUGAUUGAGGAACAGUCCCCUAUGUGAGUUUUUAUGGUUGAAUUUUUGAUUACAAAAUAUGUUUUCGGGAAGUCAAACAAAAUAUUGAACAUAAAUCAAAGAGAAAUUUAAAAAACUGAUUGAACUAUGAUAGAAUAAAACUCGAUUGUGAAUGGAAAAUAAUUUUUUAAAUUAUUUUCCCCUUAAAGUUGAAUUUUAAAAUAUUAUUCCUAAAAUAACUUUCCAUCUAAACAAAUGUUUUGAAAUUAUUUCAUAACUCAACUUUGAUAAAAAACAGAUUAUUUCAUAAUAUAUUUUCAGCCAAAAUUUGAAACAACUCGUCAUGAUUAUUACUGGAGUUCUUUCAAUGACAUUCCUCAAUUCUUUCUAG